GAAAAACCCAAGCAGCAACCCACUACUACUACACUCCUACUUGAGCAGGAUGGCACUCAACUGCUCGAUGAUCACACCUACUAAUGACCCAGUACCACUACCAGGCGAAAAGAUCUUCAUCAGUGUCAAAGCCGUUACCAUCUAUCUCCAUCCAACCACGCCGGGUGCAGGAACGACGAGCGAACCAACACCACUUUCACCCACCUCAGCCACCACCUCCCAACAAGACCCAUCGAAACAGUCGGCGAAGGGAAAGCUAUCAUUGAGCGGGAUCCUGUCUGCGAUCUCCCUGAAUCCGGCAAGCGAUGACGGCUCGGCUCAUGGGACGAUCUAUGUGACCAACCAGCGGAUCCUCUUCAUCGCCCACAACGCCUCCGCCUUGGCCGACUUGGAUCCGCCGACGCUCCAACCCCCGGCCCCCUCCUCUCAAUCUAACCCAUCUAUCCUGCUUCCGCCAAUCAAAACACUCACUAUCCCGCUCCGUAACUCCUUCGAUGGCCGCUUCGUUCAGCCUUGGUUAUCCGCAAAUUACCAUCUCUCCACCUUCGUCCCCGUCCCUAAUGGGAACUUGGACCAUCUCUUCCCCUCUUCUGCAAACUCGCAUUCGGCAAUGGAUUCUUUCACGCUCAAAGCCGUCUUCAAUGAGGGUCAUGGCUUCGAGUUCACUGAGGCACUCGAAGAAGUCAAGAAUAUCAUGUUCCAGAGCGACAGUGAACGGCCUGCUGAACUCGAAGAACUUCGUAC